GAUUUUUCGCGUUAUCUGUUGUGGUCAUUUUUGCUUGGGAUCUAUUAGGUGUGACGAUUUUUUAAAUUUUUUUUGCGGUAUCGAGCUCACUGCCGUUUUUCUUAUUGUUUCUCGUUAUUCUUUCUAAUUACUUUCGUCACUUCGUGUGUUCAGUGUCGGACUUAUCGUUGACUGUAAUCGUGUUGAAACAAAAGGUGUUUGUGUGAGCUACCUAUACCGUUGUAAUGGAUUUGUUUUCCGCCGAAGUUAACGCUGUUGUUGUUGUGCGUAAUCGUCUUCGACGCAGUGCCUCAAAUUAAAAGUACUACCUACUCACUUGUUGUCAUGAAGCUUUAUUUUAUGGGACAAUUUUAACUUUCAUAUCAAAGAGACACAAGAAAAAAAUCAUGUUGCGAAUUAAAAAAGGCUUUUCGGAGCAAUUGCUCCAGAUGGCAUUGCUGUUGAGUCUUAUAGGCUGCGAUCGUUUAUGGCCAACAUUCGGGAUAUGGCCUUCGGCACCUUCGGCUGAAGUAGAAGUAGGACCUUUCGGUCAAUGGGAUGAUGAUAGCUACUCAAACGGCUUUGGUCCAUUAACGCAAAUUCACCCCAAAAGUGUUGAUCGAUAUUUGGAUCGCCAAUGGCUGUUAAACGAAUUACUAUCGUUGGGUAGAUAUGGCGAUCGAUAUCCAUCGAACAUUGAGGCAUAUUUACUUAAUGUUGACGGCGACGAGAACGGUCGAGACGAUCAGCAACAGCAAGACCCCGGUGGUCAUGUUGUUAAAACGGAACCUAAAGAAAACGAUGAUGAAAACAACGACGACGUUGAAGUAUUUGACACAGAUAUUGUUGAAGAUGUUUUCAUCUUUGCGCCAGAGGACGCUGAGAUCGUAGAAUCCCUCUGGAAAGUCGAUUUGGAUUAUGGAACGUCGGGUGCCACUACUGAAAGUCGAGGUCCUUCUCCUUACAACAGCACCGGCGUUGGAUCAUUUUUGUCACCUGGAGACGAACCGCCGUCGCGCAACUAUACUUUCAGCAGUCCCGGGGCUUCGUCCAAUCGCAGAUGGUACCUUCCACCUAACUCAAGUGACUUGUUGGCGGGCUCCAGUCCGAAUCCGAGCCGAUUUGAAGGCGCCAGAAACUCUGAUGGAAAUCCUUGGGAGGUCGGUAGUUUGUUGGUGGACCUUAGAACUGCAGGCGAAAGUCGUUCGAGACGAGCGUCCAGUGACAAUGAUACCGAAACAUCGGAUUUGGAUGCCGAUGAAUCUGCUGAACACAGAAAAUAUGACCAGUCAAGCAGUAAUAACGAAUCUCCAAGCUUAACACCAGGAUUUCGUGUGAAAGAAUCUCCGUAUUACGAACCAUCGUUUGAGUUUGACUUUGAUGAACUCGAAUCUUUUGCAGACAUGAUGCAGUGUUAUCCUCAACCACCGCCAUCCUCCAGGCAUUUCCAAGGCAGGAUGGGCUACACAAGAACGGGAAACAGUGGAAUAGACCAGCGAGGCUGGCAGGAGUUGGCUACGUGCAGUCCCAUGCUGGCGUUCCCAGUCGAAGGGCAGCAUCACCAUCAGUCCCACUAUGGUCAGCAUCCGUCCAGCUCACUUAAUUAUCCACCUGGGCCCGGCAUGUAUCACCAUCCUCAUCACCAUCAACAUAAUCAUCUCCAUCAUCAACACAAUAAUCACAACAGCAACAACAACACGGGAAACGUGCUUUUGCAGAACGUAAGCCUGUGCGCGCCUCCGCCGCUGCCACCUCCGCCAGCGUCAACGUCCAUUGACAUGGGCGGAGGCCACGCCACCACGUCGUCCUCGUCGUCGUCCCUAUCACAUUAUCACCACCACUCUUCACCGAUCGGUGUGUCGACCAAUUGCAAUCUGAGCUCGGCCGUCGCCACUUCGCUUCACUUGCCCGGCAGCUCAUCCGAACAGCCUGCCGCGUUCAAGACGGAACCCCAUCAACAUGAAAUGAUGUUUCCUUAUCAGAAUCACAAUAACGAUAUGGCCCCUUCAUCGGAAGGACUUUUGUCGUCAAUAUUGAACGAUGACGAUUUGCAGCUCAUGGAUCCGGCGAUGGGCGCGGAUGGUGGAAUGUACCCAGUGCGGAUGAUGGACACUGCCAGCAGCUCAGUGCCUUGCAACAACAACACGAUAAACACCGCGACCAUGAUUCAAAACGGUAACGCGGGCGGCGGCGAUUCUGAUAGCGCCGUCAGUUCGAUGGGCUCAGAACGCGUGCCUUCACUGUCGUCGGACACUGAAUGGAUGGAAACAAACUCGGACAGCGGACACAACGACGGAUACCCGUCGCACUCUCACCAAGAAUAUGGAAAAAUGAGGUGGUUGGACAAUUACCUGUAUUCCGGCGGGAGUCGUGGUCAUUCGGCAGCUCCGCAAAAGAAAUACCAGCUGUACGGGAGACGCCUUACAGAUCCCGUAUCAGGGACCCCGAACGCAACCGAAACGGCUAGGUCGAAUCACAUCGGUCUCGUUCCGGAUUCAUUGAACCUGCCAUACGAUAUGUCUGCCAGGGAAGGCAUUCCAGUGCCCGGUUCUUCACAGUUUAACAGACACAUGGCUGGCUGUUCACGUGUGAUGACGCCUGAAACCCAAGUGGCACUCAACCAUACGUAUGCACUACCUGUCGAAGGUCCCAGGAUACAGCGCAACAAGCUCAAGAGCAGCAAGAGGAGUGAGGAUGAACAGCUGACGAGAGAUGAGAAGAGGGCAAGAAAUCUGAAUAUUCCUAUCACCGUCGACGACAUAAUCAAUCUGCCCAUGGACGAAUUCAACGAGAGGCUGUCCAAGUACGACCUAUCCGAAAGUCAAUUGACAUUGAUCAGAGACAUUAGGCGUCGUGGAAAAAACAAGGUGGCUGCUCAAAAUUGCCGGAAACGCAAGCUGGACCAAAUCCUCAGCUUGGCUGAUGAGGUGAAACAAAUGAAAGACCGAAAAUUCAAUCUGUUACAAGAACGUGAAUACUUAAUGACCGAGCGGAUGAGAGUGAAAACAAAAUACGAUCUACUUUAUAACCAUAUUUUCGGAAGUCUCAGGGAUCCUGAUGGAAAUCCGUACUCUCCGUACACUCAUACGUUGCGGGAGCAACCCGACGGCAGUGUCAGUAUUGUACCCAGAAAUAAUGGCACCCAAACCGACCGGAAUCCUCGGUCCAAGCAACACAAGGACAAGUAAUCUUGGAAAUUACUUGAUGUCCGGUUAUAUUUUUAUACCAAAAUGCUGUGAUAAAUACUGUGGGUGGUGGUGAAAUCACCUCGAAAUUAUCAGGGAGCCGUGUGUACUUAAUAAUUUUGCUCAAACAUAAUAUUAUACACCUUUUUUUACAUUUUAAUCCUAAAGACAUCAGAUUAAUUAGAUACUCCUUGAUAAAAACUUUAUUAAAUUAUUUUUAAAAUAAGCUAUUACUAUGUUUUAUUAAAAAAAAAAAAUCAUAAAAAAAUUAAAUUAACUAAUCAUAGGUAAUCUUUUUUCUUUAUUUUCGUUUGUAUAUUUGCAAACUGUUUUUUACUUGACUUGCGUUAACAUAUUUCACAAAACAAAUAUUUUGAUCAGUCUCAUAAGAAAAAUUUCUCAUAGUUAUAUAUUUCCUUUAUCAUUUUUCUUAACAAAAGUUUGUAAUUUCUUGUAUAGGGAAACGGAUGGUAUUGGUUGAAUUUUGCAAAUUCAUUAUAAUUUAUUAAUAACUUGGUGAAUUUCUAUAAUUUAUUGUAAACUAUUUUUUUUUCUUUAACCACGAUGUGUUGAAAAUAAGAUAAUAUAUCGUAGUUUUUGGUUUAUUAAUAUUGUAUGUAAAUUAAAAUAUAUAUCGUAAUAUUAUAGAAUAAUUGAUAAGGUGGAUAAAUUUUAUGACAUUUGAAUAUCUUCUGGUUAUAAUUUGUACUUGUGGUGACAAUUAGGUUGGUGUCUAUAUUAUAUCAUAUAUACUGUAAUAUUAUUUAUUUUGUAACUUAGAAAAAAAAUGUAAAUUUUUUUGUAUAUUAUUACUUGUAUUACGUACAAUUUAGUAUAAUUAAAAUUUUUAAUAAUAUUUUCUUUUUGC